AUGGAACUUGCAGAAAAUCCCAUUUCUUCAUCUAAUAAUAAUAGUAAUCGUGAAGUUAAAUUCAAUCCAUCGAGAUCAACUUUUAAUAAUGAACUCUAUGAAUUAUGGCAAUGUAAUCAAACAAGUGAAUUUAUUCAAAAAAUUAAAUAUAAAUUAGUUAAUAGUCUUCAAGAAUUAUUUCGAGAUAUAUUUCCAUAUGCUGGUUUAUACAUUAUUGGAUCAACAGUUAAUGGAUUUGGUCAAUGUACUAGUGAACUUGAUAUUUGUUUAAUGAUAUCACAUGAUGAAGUAAUUAAAAUGAAAGAUUUCAAUACAUCUAUGACAUGUAAUAUAUAUUUAAAUGAAGCUGUUACUAUACGAAAUACAUUUCUAAUGAGAUUUUAUUCUGAAUGUGAUCAUCGAUUACCAAUACUUAUUAAUAUUAUUAAAUAUUGGGCAUCAAAAUAUAAUCUUAAACAACGAAUACAUUAUAGUUUUAAUGGAUAUUGUCUUACAUUAAUGUGUAUCUAUUAUUUACAAAUAGCAAUUUUACCUUCACCAAUCGUACCUCGUUUUAAUGAAAUAAUAUCAAUUAAUAAAUUUGAUAAGAAUAUUGAUAUUCGUAAAUUAAAUUUAUUUGAUACAAUUGAUUUAGCAAAAAUAUGGAUAUCAAUAAAUGUUACUGUUGAAGUAGACGAUUUAUUUAUUGGUUUUCUUAAAUUUUAUGCAAUCGAUUUUGAUUUUCCAAAUAAUGUUAUAAGUAUACGAACUGGAAGAAAAAUGAAUAAACGAGAAUUAAUAAAUGAAAUUGAUCGAAACAAUCGAUAUGUUGUUAUUGAAGAACCAUUAAUCGGAACAAAUGUCGCUUCAGGUAUUUCAACUGAUAAAAUCUAUCAAGAACUCAUAGAAAUAUUUCGCACAACUUACAAUAAAAUAUCAUCAACACAUCGUCUUAUUUCUCUAUAA